AUGAAAACAAUCACGGCCAAGAACCCUCACGACUCCUUCUCCUUCUCUAGAAGAUACUUCAAGAAGAAAAUCGUCGAGGACGAGCAGGACGAUGACACAGAGGAAAUCCUGGCCGUCGAUUCCUCCGCCUCCGACCACCACAGCCAAAACCCAGAUCCGCCGUCGAUUCCCACCCUCCGCCACUCCCUCUCGACGGGAUCUCCCCACCCGCCGCGAAAAAAGAAGCUCCCCACCAUGGCCGUUGCCAAGCUCCGGUCGGCCCUCACUCUGGGCCGGGCCCGGUCCGGGCUCUCUUCAAACCUCGGCUCAAAAGUCGUCGGGACCCUCUUCGGCCACCGGCGGGGCCACGUCCACUUCGCGUUCCAGGAGGAUUUCAAGCAGGGCCCGGCGUUCCUUGUCGAGCUGGCCACUCCGACUAGCGCGCUGGUGAAGGAGAUGGCGUCCGGGCUCGUUCGGGUCGCGCUUGAGUGCGACCGUAAGCCCGAAAAAAAGAACUACUUCAAGCUGCUUGAGGAGCCCAUCUGGCGGACCUACUGCAACGGGAAGAAAGGCGGGUACGCGAUGAGGCGGGACUGCGGGCCCGAGGAGUGGAAGGUUCUGGAAGCCAUCGGCCCGAUCUCGAUGGGGGCCGGGGUGAUUCCCGGGCCGCCGGGAGAUGGGCCGGGCCCGGACGGAGAAAUGAUGUACAUGAGGGCCCGGUUUGAGCGGGUCGUGGGAAGCAAGGACUCGGAGGCCUUCUACAUGAUGAACCCGGAUGGAAGCGGAGGGCCCGAACUCAGCAUAUAUUUGCUUAGGGUUUGA